AUGCACUGGUCCAUGGAGGUUUACGACUACGAGAGGAGGACGAUCACGGACACAGCGGUGGGCGGAAUCGAUCUCCGCAAAGGGUGCUGGAUUCACUGCAAAUGGUGCAACUCGACGUUGCAGACGACAGCGUUCUCACUCAAAAGCUGGGAAAUGCAUCAGACGCGGAAGACGCACUUGUUGCGUGGGCAGAGGCUUCUGGGUGAGUGUUCACAGCCUCAGUUCGAGAUCGAAUCCUUAAUGCUUGUCCGUCGUGAUCUUCAUCUGAACAAGCAGCACCAAGCUCGAUACGAGCGGGAUGUCACGAAUGUCAUCAACGCGAUGACAAGCCUUGUGUCCGACCAGCACAAGGACUUGGAUACACUGCAACUUCAGGUGCAUGAUAUGACGCGUGAGGUCGCCGGAUUGAAAAAGCAAGUGGAGGGUCUACGUCACAAGAAACAGAAACCCAAGCCAAGACGCACUAUGACGGAGAUGGAUAUAUUCGAGAAGCGCUUUCGACUCACAUAG